UGCAAUGCAAAAUGAGCUUCCAACUCGCCCUUGCAAUGAUUGUGCACAAUGUGUCAUACUUGCAGGCUGCACUGGUGGCUGGUGAAAACGGUGAAAAGGUACAAUGUGGCUCAUACGGAGCCCAACUGGGUCGACCCAGUGGGAGUGAGCCUCACUUCCUCGUACGGAGCCGCUGUCACCGCUCGGCUAACACCCUUCUUCUUCCUCCACAGCUCCACGGCCAACCAACCAUCUCGACCGCGAAGCCGUCUCGGGGUUACCGUCACCGACGGCAGUCGACGGCCGAGUCAAAAGUCCUUUGUGAUUUAGCCAGCUGGAAGACCAGCCAUCCAUCCCGCUGCAAUGACGUGCACUGCGUGGCUCCCAAUUGCAAUGCAUUCUUGGCGCAACCAUUAAUUCCUGGCUCAUUGUGCUCAAGAUUGAUGGCUUCAUCAGCUUCUGCCAUUGAUCCUCAACUCUGCUUAAAAGGGUACAGCGUGCACAUCCACUUUCCGGGACAUUUGGUUGUCAAAAACGGAAACCGAGUUGAAGCAGUAGCAGACAUGAAGGCAACAGAGGAGAACAUUUCCGUGCUUCGGAGAGUGUGCGCGACCGCGUGGAACACCUAUGAAGGCAUUCUGUCGACCAAGACGAUGUCGGUAAAUAGAAAAGUAGUGCACUCGCUGACUCAGUCCAUGUUUUGGAGCCAUGGCUCGCACUGAAAUGUCAAAGCAUGGUUGCGUUUAAGUGGCCAAGUGGUUACAGCAGAUGCACACUAUUGAUUAUAGAUAGAAUAUUGUAUCGUAUAAGUGCUUCCCAU